GGAGGCGGGGCUGGGGGCGGGAGGUCCCGGUAUUUGUGAGUCUUUGGGAGCGGGCCUGCGCUUGGCCCUGUGACCCCUCCCCCUGCCCCAUAGAAGCGAGGAGCAGCUGCAGGUCGUCAUGUCUGGAAUCAAACGAACCCUCAAAGAAAAUGACCCCGACUACGAGGACAUUUCUGUGGCGCCCCCCAACAAAAGGCAUCGAGCCAUGGAGGAUUCAGCUCGAGAUGCCGCUGUGCAGAAGAUCGAAACAAUUAUUAAGGAGCAGUUUGCUGUCGAAAUGAAGAACAAGGAGCAUGAAAUUGAGGUCAUAGACCAGCGACUGAUUGAGGCCCGGAGAAUGAUGGAUAAACUUCGAGCUUGCAUAGUGGCAAACUACUACGCUUCUGCCGGUCUUUUCAAAGCUUCAGAGGGAUCAAAGACCUGUGACACCAUGGUUUUUAAUCAUCCCGCUAUCAAGAAAUUUUUGGAAUCUCCAUCAAGGUCAUCAUCUCCUGCUAAUCAGAGAUCAGAGGCACCAUCUCUUAACUAUUCAGAAAGUGAUUCUUUAUCUCAGCACAAUGACUUCUUAUCUGACAAAGACAAUAGCAGCAACCUGGACCUGGAGGAGAGAUUGUCCAACAGUAUGGAGCCUCUGAGGCCUGGCAGAAAUACCGGGCGGGACCCCAGUGGUGGAGCUGGCUCCCGGAAAACAAACCAGCAGAAUUCUGAUCUCACUUCAGAAGAGGUUUCAAGACUUUUUGUGAAGAAAACCAUAGUGGUUGGCAAUGUAUCGAAGUACAUUCCCCCUGAUAAGAGAGAAGAAAAUGACCAAUCAACUCACAAGUGGAUGGUGUAUGUGCGGGGCUCCCGGAGAGAGCCCAGUAUCAAUCACUUUGUGAAGAAAGUGUGGUUCUUUCUCCACCCCAGCUAUAAACCGAAUGACCUGGUGGAAGUUCGAGAGCCUCCUUUCCACCUGACCAGGAGAGGUUGGGGUGAAUUUCCAGUCAGAGUUCAAGUUCACUUUAAGGACAACCAGAACAAGCGGAUAGAUAUCAUCCAUAACCUGAAGCUGGACAGAACUUACACUGGCCUGCAGACUCUAGGUGCUGAGACGGUAGUGGAUGUUGAGCUCCAUCGGCAUUCCCUUGGAGAAGACCACCUUUAUCCUCAGUCCUCAGAGUGCGAUGUCUCCGAUGCCCCUUCGUCUUUGCCUUUGCCCAUGCCAGCCCCGGUGAAAGCUGCUUCUCCCAGAAAGCCUCCACAAGAGCCUAUUCCUGAUGCUGCUGUGGAGAAAGGUUUCCAAGCAAAAACUGAAGCUGACAGACCCACAGCAUUUUACUCUUUGCCAUCUUCAGUGGAACGUACACCCACAAAAUCGGUGUCAUCCCAGAGGGUAACCUUUGGCUCUCAUGGUAAUUCAGCAUUCCAGCCAAUAGCAGCCAGUUGCAAAAUUGUGCCACAAGGUCAAGUUCCAAAUCCUGAGUCUCCUGGAAAAUCUUUUCAGCCGAUCACUAUGAGCUGCAAAAUUGUCUCAGGAAGCCCCACCAGCAAGUCGUCCACUGCUUCUCAGACUGCCCAAGGAACAGGGUCUCCCAUUCCUAAGAUCCACGGAAGUAGCUUCAUCACUUCGACAGUCAAGCAGGAGGACUCCUUGUUUGCAUCUAUGCCUCCUCUUUGCCCAAUUGGGAGUCACUCCAAGGUGCAGAGCCCUAAACCUGUCACCGGAGGCCUCGGAGCUUUCACCAAGGUAAUCAUCAAGCAGGAGCCUGGAGAAACCCCCCACAUGCCCACCUCAGGAACCCCUGCCCAGCCGCCUCUUCCCCAGUAUGUGACGGUGAAAGGGGGUCACAUGAUAGCUGUGUCCCCUCAGAAACAGGUCGUGGCUACAGGAGACGGGACUGCUCAGUCACCAAAGGUGGUUGGUGUACCAGUCGGGUCUGCUUUGCAGUCCACAGUGAAGCAGGCCGUGGCUAUCAGCGGUGGCCAGAUCCUGGUGGCCAAGGCCAGCUCCGCCGUGGCCAAGGCCGUUGGUCCAAAGCAAGUUGUGACCCAAGGAGUUGCCAAAGCGAUUGUGAGCGGAGGUGGAGGAACCAUUGUUGCUCAGCCUGUGCAGACCUUAACCAAGGCUCAGGUCACUUCCACCGGGGGGCCAAAAAGUGGAUCCCAAGGUUCAGUGUUUUGUCACCAGCCGCCUUUCUCUGUCAUUCCAGUGAUGGCUACUUUGCAGCUGCCUGCCACCAAUCUGGCCAACUUGGCAAAUUUACCUCCUGGCACCAAACUCUACCUCACAACCAAUAGCAAGAACCCUUCCGGAAAAGGAAAACUCCUGCUGAUCCCUCAAGGGGCCAUCCUGCGGGCCACACACGGUGCUAACCUCCAGGGAGGAGCUUCUGCAGCUGGAGGCAGCGGUGGUACCGGAGCACAGGGUGCAACCCCAGGAGGGGUGUCCCCGCAUGUGACCUACACAUCCUACAUCCUCAAGCAGACUCCACAGGGCACAUUUUUGGUUGGCCAGCCAUCCCCUCAGAGUUCUGGAAAGCAGUUAGCAACUGGAUCUGUGGUUCAGGGCAAUUUAGGAGUCAAUGCAUCCUCCACGCAAGGACAGCAAGCGUUAAAAGUCAUCUCUGGGCAAAAAACAGCUUUGUUCACCCAGGCAAACCCUGGUGGGCAGGCAUCUCUGAUGAAAAUAGCUGAUGGCUCCUUGAAGUCUGUGCCGGCCGCAACCCCACUCUCCAAGCCCGGGACCACUGUUCUGAGAGUUGCAGGGGGCGUGAUCACUACUGCCGCCUCCCCAGCUGUCUCUCUCUCUGCCAAUGGAGUUAUACAGCAGUCAGAAGGAGCAGCUUCCAGCUCAGCGUCUGCGCUGGGACCCGUUGGGAAGGCUUGCGGGCAGCAGUCACUGUGUGUGACUCCAGCCCAGGCAGGGCCCACAGGAGCCAACAGAACCAGCGCCUCGGCUGUCAUCGGUGCCACGUCUCCGAUGUCCGCAGCAACCCCUGUCUCUGGCAAAACCGCUGUCUCAGGGCUGUUAAAGAUCCAUUCCAGCCAGUCCAGUCCUCAACAGGCUGUCCUGACCAUACCCAGCCAGCUUAAACCACUCAGUGUAAAUGCGGCAUCAGGAGGCAUCCAGACCAUCCUGAUGCCCAUGAAUAAAGUAGUUCAGUCAUUGUCUGCCAGCAAGACACCUGCCAUGCCCGCCGUGGUUGCCCCUAGCGUGGUCCCUGUCAGCUCUACUUCAACCACUGUUACUAAAGUGAAGGUAGAGCCAGAAACACCAGGACCAAACGGUCUCACUCUGGUGUCCCAGGAAGUGCAGACGGAAGUGAAGACGGAAGAAAGCACUGAACUGGGCAACUAUGCAAUCAACAUAGAGCAUUUAGAAAAUACCCAACAGCUUCUAACAGCGAUAGUAAAGAAGAUCCCGUUAAUCACUAAAAAGGGUGAAGAUGCCAAUUGUUUCUGUGCAAGUUCUGUGGAGCAGUAUUAUAGUUGGAACAUUGGGAAACGGAGGGCAGCAGAGUGGCAACGAGCAAUGACAAUGAGAAAAGUCUUACAAGAAAUUCUGGAGAAGAAUCCCAGGUUUCACAAUGUGACGCCCCUCAAAACCAAGCACAUUGUCCAUUGGUGUCGUUGCCAUGGUUAUACUCCACCAGACCCAGAGAGCUUGAGAAAUGAUGGUGAUUCCAUCGAGGACGUACUGACGCAGAUAGACAGUGAGCCAGAGUGUCCAUCCUCCUUCACCACCGCUGAUGAUCUCUGCCGGAGACUGGAAGACCUCCAGCAGUGUCAGAAAAGAGAGCCAGAGAACGAUGAGGAGGUGGAUGUUCUGACUGUCACUGAGCCCCUGAAAGCAAACGUCAAGAAAGAGAGGGAAGAGAAGCGAGCUGGCUUGAAGUUCUGUUUGGAAGCCACGCCUGCAUCCGAGUUUGUCAGUGACACGGCGCAAAAGAUUGGAAUCACCCUCCAGCCUGUGGAACUUCACAAGAACACCUACGCAUCUGUUGUUGAAGAUAUGAUUCUAAAGGCGACUGAGCAACUAGUGAGUGACAUCCUGAGACAGGCUCUGGCUGUUGGGUACCAGACAGCAUCUCACAGCAGGACUCCAAGAGAAAUUACAGUGAUGAAUAUUCACCAGGCCAUCUGCAAUAUUCCCUUUCUUGAUUUUCUCACUAACAAACAUAUGGGAGUAUUAAGUAAGGAGCAGUGAACUCAAAAGGCCCCCAGAAAAGUAGUAUGAGAUGAAGACUCAGCCAAAGCAUGUGAGCUGACCACAACCCAAGUCCCGGGGUCCAUGCUCUUCACCAGCCAUUAAGUGAAAUAGGGAGUGGGUCAGCGUGCUCUUUCCACUUGGAUGUAAUUGGUCCAUCUGAAGACUCCAGGGUAAGGGAGCCCCAAAGCUGGGAUGGGUGGAAGUGAAUCCGCCUAUCUUAGGACGGCCCUGAUUGAUUUCCACCGCACCUCCUGGGAGCCUCCAAGGCUUGUUCAGGGAGUCUGCUUGCACACUCAGCACCACCUGUGGGCUCUGGGGUUACUGGCAGCUCCCCCUCUUGUCUUGCAAGAAGAAUUGUCCCAGAAGUGACACGUGGGAAGCUGUGGUGGAGGUGACAGUGACGGUGGCAGCGUUGACCUGCCUUGUUGCGGAGAGACAGCUGCCCUGCCAGGACCUCCCCAAGUGGUUGUUGGGGCCCUGAGCUGAGUGUGACCGACUGCAGCAAUCAGAUCUGUGGGAGGGAACGGACCCGCCGGGAAGAAGCACAGCUCGCUGGCUACCCACUGUGUGGCCUGGCCCGGAAAGACUCUGGCGCAUGGGCGGGAAGAAGCUUGAAUGUUCCAAUCAUGCACUUAACUGGUUGGGGCUUAACAGCAGCCAGAAACUUUGGGCCUGAGGAGAAGGCAGAAGCCACUCUGAUCACCGUGUGUGGGGUGCCUCAGCCGGCUCCCUUGCAUGCAGUCAGGGGCUUGCUCCUUUGCCGUGUGCACCUUGUCUACAGGCAGCUGUCUGUAGUGUGGUACGUGCCGAUGGACUUGCUUGAAAGUUGUUUAUUCUUAGGAAAAACUCCCAAUGAAGGCCAAAUGGAAAGGAUUCCUGCAUUGGUUGGGGAGACUGAAGUAGACGUUAUGGUCCCCCUCCAUCUGUAAUAGUCUUUGAUUAAGUGAGCUCUCAGACCUGUUCAGACAGAUCUGCUGGGGAGCUCACUUCCCAGAAAAAAGAAACAAUGCAAAGAUAUACCUGUAUGUGUUUGUUCAGUGGAGGAAGACAAAGAAAGCCCCUCAGCUGUGAGCGGAGGCAUCAAAACACACAGACGAUGGGAAGAGCAAAGCCCAAGGAAGACAAGCAGACAGAGAAGUGCUUUUAUUCAGCAGCAUCCCUGGCCUGGUGCCCAGGGCACGUGGAAGGCAUCAGAUUAGUGGAUCUCCUCCCACCAUCCAUCUGUGGUGCAGAACCAAGAGGCAUCUGAUAGCCGUCAACAGGAACCGGUCAGCAUAGACCCUGGAGGAAAACUCGGAGCCCUGGGCAUCUCAUGUGGUCAGAACCUUAGGGCUCAUCCAGACAACCCAGGCUGGUGUUCUGAGUCAAGGGAAGGUGAGGUAUGUCCCAGAGGGAGAAUUAAGUGAGGGGCCCAUUGGAUCAUAACAGUCUUGCUGGAACAUGAGAUUCAUCCAUCUGGGAAAGAGGAGAAAGCUGUUCGGUGCAGUGCAUGGCGUGCUCAGAACACAAAUACCAGUCAUUUAACUUGCAAACACUUGGAGUGUUUUAACAGUUAAGUGAACCCCCAGAGCAUUUGAGAAUAGCAGGCACAUGUUUGGAUUAAAAAGAAAGUUUUCUCUAGAAUCUUUCAAAUCUAAGAUCUGGGGGGAAAGGGUGCAGUUGGUCCGUGGCUGACCCAAAGGAAAGCAAGUUCUUGCACUGAGUGGAAGACCAUAAUAAAAAGCUUUUCAGCAAAGGAAACAUUAAACAUUAAAAGAUCUCCUUGUAUGUUAAGAUUCCCAGUGUAUUUGUAUGAUGAUGUGUAACAUGUAUGGCUACAAUAAAUUUUCUUUUAUUAGUUGUGA